AUGGCGGGAAGCAGUGCAGACACGGCGAACUCCACUUCUGGUUUCGUCACAGCGCUGAUUUUUUACGGCAUCAUCUUCGUGGUGUACAUCCUUCUCUUUUUGAAAUUGAGACCUCACAACCAGCGUGUCUACCAGCCGCGUUCCAUCAAGGAGAUCAUCACGAUCCGUGAGGAAGAACGCACAGAACCCGUCCCCGAUGGAUACUUCACGUGGAUUCGUUUUCUGAUGACCAAACCCCACUCGUACAUCAUCCAGCACGCGGGUCUCGAUGGCUACUUGUUUUUGCGCUACAUCGCCGUUUUUGGCUCCCUGUCUCUCAUUGGCUGUGCUAUCCUCCUGCCCAUUUUGCUGCCUGUCAAUGCCACCAACGGUAAUAAUAACAAGGGCUUCGAACUUCUUGCGUUUGCCAACGUCAAGAAUAAGAAUCGCUUCUACGCCCAUGUCUUUUUAUCCUGGAUCUUUUUCGGCCUCGUGCUUUACAUCAUUUACCGCGAACUUUACUACUACGUUUCGCUGAGACAUGCGGUUCAGACUAGUCCUUUCUACGACGGCCUCAUUUCUUCCAAAACCGUGAUUGUAACAGACCUUUCGACAGAUCUUCGCAACGAAUCUGAGAUUCAACGUAGGUUUGAGAAUUGUUCUAGGGUCGUUUUCUCUCAUGACAACAGCAAACUGCAAAAAUUGGUUGCAGAACGUUCCAAGCUCGCCUCUAAGUAUGAAGGUGCCAUGAACAAGGUCAUUCAGAAGUCAUUGAAGAUUAGAAGUAAAGCUGAGAAGAAGGGCAAGCUCGACGAAUUGAUUGGCAACAAGCCAGAAGAUGAUCUUCAGACUUACAUUCCCUUGAAAAAAAGACCAACCUUCCGCUUGGGUAAAAUCCCAUUGCCUUUUAUUGGCGGCAAAAAAGUGGAUACCUUGGAAUACUGCAGCAAACGGAUUGGUGAACUAAACGAUGAAAUCGAACAGGAGCAACGUAGUUGGGAUACCCGCGAUAAAGUGGGGGCCUGCUUUAUGGAGUUCAAGGGUCAAUACGAUGCCCAGCGCGCUUUCCAAUCCGUGAAAUACAUUCUUGACAAGGGCUCUUACGACAAAUGCUUGAUAGGAACAGCACCUGAAGAAAUUGCUUGGAACACUUUGGGUAUGUCGAAAAGCGUCAGACGGUCCAAACGUAGUGUUGCCAACACCGUGUUGACCCUAAUGAUUAUAUUUUGGGCUAUUCCCGUUGCCUUUGUUGGCUUUGUCUCGAACAUCAACUUUUUGAUCUCCAAGUUGCACUUUUUGAAGUUCAUUGAAAACUUGCCCGCUGUACUACUCGGUUUGAUUACAUCUAUUCUUCCUACAGUGUUGCUUGCUGUUUUGAUGUCCCUGGUUCCUAUUUUUAUCAGGAAGUUAGGUGCUAUGAGCGGCAGCAGCAGCUUACAAGAGCAGGAACUUUAUUUGCAGGCGUGGUACUAUGCAUUCUUGGUCGUCCAGGUAUUCAUCGUUGUUACGCUUUCUUCUGCCGCAUCUUCCGUAAUUUCGAAGAUUAUUAGCAAUCCAAGCGACGCAAUGACAUUACUGGCUCAAAACUUACCAAAAUCCUCCAACUUUUACAUUGCGUACUUCUUACUGCUAGGGCUUACUUUCCCCAGUGGUGCGUUGUUGCAAAUUGUAGCUUUGCUUCUGAGUAAAGUGUUGGGUAGACUGCUAGAUUCCACCCCUAGACAGAAAUGGAACAGAUACAACACACUAAAAAAACCAUCCUGGGGUGUUAUGUUUCCCAGCAUCGAGUUUAUGGUUUGCAUUUUCAUCUGUUACUCCCUUAUUGCGCCAAUUUUGUUGAUCUUCUCGACUGUUGCCCUAGCUCUGUUCUACCUCGCGUACACGUACAAUUUGCAUUACGUUCUCGGAUUUUCUUUCGAUAUGAAAGGCAGAGGGUACGCGAGGGCUUUAUUUCAAGUAUUUCUCGGACUGUACCUGUCUGAAAUUUGCCUCUUGGGUCUGUUCAUUAUGGCUAAGACCUGGGGACCCUUGGUCCUCGAAGCUGUCUUCAUUGGCUUUACCGUUUUGUGUCACCUGUAUUUCCAAAGAAGGUUUAUUCCGCUAUUUGACGCCGUUCCUUUGAGUGCCAUUAAGUACUCCAGAGGCGAAAGCACAUACUUUUACCCUGCUAAAGACCAGGGCCUAAGCGAAAUCAAGAGCACGGGUCAGGAAUUCAAACGCAAACUGGACGAGAACGAGACGGGCGGUGUUAUUCAGCCCGCGACGUCGGCCGAUCUAAAGAAAGCUGGUAUCUUGUCAGAAGAUGAAGCAGAUGCGGAGAAAGAAUCUGAAUUUGAGAAAAACCGUCCAUCUUCUAACACAAGCAAAGACAACACCAAUUUGGAAGAGCCCAACUUUGUUCCUGAGGACGAGGAGUUCCACAAAUACAGCUACAAGGACGUGCAAGAUCUGGACACCAACGACAAGCCUAAACAUACCGUGGAUGCUGAUGGUGCCGUCGUCAUAAACGCUGACGCAGGCAAUGUAUUCUCCGACGCUAAUGCCGUCACCAAGGAUCCUAGCGCUUUCCCACCAGAUUCGACUCUUGGCAGAGGUUGGAAACAAAGAUUAUCAUACCUGUUCAGACCAAACCAAAGCUACGAAUUCUCGCGCGUGCGCAAGACCCUACCCUACGUGCUCAACUCAACUGUUCAGUACGACAAAGACUUUUUAGAGACCGCAUACUCGGACCCCUCCGUGACGGACCCUGCGCCCAAGUUGUGGAUUGCGCGCGAUCCUCUUGGUUUGUCGAAGCAGCAAAUACUGCUUGCUAAAACUCACGGCGUUGACGUGAGUGAUGAAUUCACCGGUUUCAACGAGAAGGGCAAAUCUACUUUCAGUUUCCAUCCUCCAGAUUAUGAGCCUGUGGCGAGACGUUGA